AUGAUGCGUGGCAUAGCGGAGAAGUCGACUGGAGAAGUUAAAAUAGAUUCACUGUCAAACGGUAAUGAACCUUCAGCUUCUAGAGUUGUUUCAGAAGAUCCAGAGCUUGCCCUUGCACUCCGGAAUUAUGUUCCGGACACGCCCGAGGAGAAACGUCUUGUCCGCAAGAUCGAUAUGAUACUACUGCCAUGUCUGUGGUGGAUGUACAUCCUCGCCUACCUGGACAAGGGAAAUAUUGCAAACGCGAAUGCCGCUGGACUAAGUGAGGACUUGGGCCUCACCGACAAUGAAUACUCCCUGUUCAUAUGGGUCUUCUUCGUCGGUUACUUUGUCUUCGAAGUUCCCUCCAACUUGGUUAUGAUCAAGAUCAGACCUUCCAUUUACCUAUCCAUCAUUGUAUUUUGCAGGGGAUGCAUAGUCUCCGGAAUGUCGCAAUCCAAGUCGUUGAAAGGAUUUCUUGUCGGGCGUUUCUUCCUUGGCUGCGUGGAAGCCGGCAUGUUCCCCGGUGCGCUGUUUAUCUUGACUUGCUGGUACACCAAGAAAGAAGUCGGCAAACGAUUUUGCAUCUUUUAUACCGCUGGCUGUAUUGCUCCGGCUCUGGGCGGUAUCAUGGCUGGAGCCAUCAUCAGGAGUCUCGACGGCGCGAGAGGCAUGGCUGGCUGGCGGUGGCUCCUCCUUAUUGAAGGCCUCAUCACCGUCUUCUGCUCCGUAUGUUUAUUCUUUGCCAUACCAGACUACCCCCAUAACUCGCGAAGGUUCACAGCCGAGCAACGCCAACUCGCGCACAUCCGGAUCAUGUAUGAUCAAAACAUCAACGUCAAACUGGACAGCAACACCUUGACGUCAAGACAGGCGUUUAAAGCUGUUGUCGCAGACUGGAAGACCUGGAUGUUUCUUGUCCUGUACAACUUGAACGGGACUUGCACCACCAUCUCCUACUUCAUCCCCACAAUACUGAAGACUCUUGGGUACACCAAAGUCACCGCCCAGUGGAUGACGGUGCCGAUAUACAUCACUGGAGCCAUCUCUAUGCUCGUCUUCUCCUACACCUCGGACAAGUCACAGGAUAGGCGGUGGCAUCUCACCUGCCUGCAUUUGGUUGCUGUUGCAGCCUGUCUCACCACGCUGUUUGUCUCAAACGCGGUCGUCAAGUACGUCAUGAUGUGUCUCUUUAUUGGAGGACUAUACACCGCUUUGCCUCUGAUUCUCAACUGGGCAAGUGAGUGCAUUUCGUACCCUACCAAGAAACGAUCCGUCGCAAUUGCAUUUAUCAACUCAUUUUGCAACCUCUCUAUGAUAUACGGAAGUUACUUGUGGCCUAGUUCCGAUUCCCGUCAUAUUCUUGGCUUCACUACGAUGGCUUCAUUUUGUGGCGCUGCUGCGCUGUUGUCUGCAUUGGUACCUGUGUUCUUGUGGCUGUUGCCCAAGAAGCCGGGCACGAAGGCUGAAAGAGAUCUCCUAGCUCUAGGGACAAUUGAGAGUGAAUCUUCGACAGAUCGGUAG